CAUCAAUUCAAUUGAGAAAAAGGCGCUACACGAUCCAACAUUCUAACCUCCCUUCUCCUUCAAAUUAAAACUAUAAAACGCGCUCACAUGGUGGAUCCCUUCCCUUCAUCCCUUCUUCAGAGUUCUCUCAUUACCCUAUCUUCCGCAUUCCCCUCUUCAGGAAAAAUCCCCUUCUUCUUCGCCUUCCUUUCCCAUUUUCUUAUUCAGUAUAUCGAAGUUCGAGCUAAAAGAGGGAAAUAGUAAUGAAUUCCCAGUCGAACUUGCCAAACUACUGCUUGCAUUUAUAGCCUGCCCUAUUAUUUAUUUCAACGGAGAGGCCACCACUGCCGUUCUUACCAGACACAAAGAAACAGAGUCAGAGAAAGCUUAAUCGUAAACAUUCAGAGAGGAAAGGGAUUUGGGGGUUUUUGUUUCAGUAUGUUGAGGCCUCUGUUGCUAGUGCUUCUCUGUUCUUCUACGAUUUGGGUUUCUUCAGUCACAGCUGCUGUUACUUAUGACAGUAAAGCCAUCGUCGUCAAUGGAAAGAGAAGGAUUCUCCUCUCUGGCUCAAUUCACUACCCCAGAAGCACUCCCGAGAUGUGGCCUGAUCUCAUACAGAAGGCGAAGGAUGGAGGAUUGGAUGUGAUUCAGACUUACGUCUUCUGGAAUGGGCACGAGCCUUCCCCUGGACAGUAUUACUUCGAGGACAGAUACGACCUUGUGAAGUUCGUGAAGCUGGUUCAACAAGCGGGUCUCUACGUUAAUCUCCGGAUUGGCCCUUACGUUUGUGCUGAAUGGAAUUUCGGAGGAUUCCCUGUUUGGCUCAAGUAUGUGCCGGGAAUCUCCUUCAGAACUGACAAUGGACCCUUCAAGGCGGCAAUGCAAAAGUUCACAGAGAAGAUCGUCAACAUGAUGAAGCAAGAAAAGCUCUUUGAACCGCAGGGAGGCCCAAUUAUUCUCUCCCAGAUUGAGAACGAGUUGGACCCGGUGGAGUACGAUAUCGGCGCGCCGGCGAAAGCCUACGGACAAUGGGCAGGUAAAAUGGCGGUGGCGCUCAAUACAGGAGUCCCAUGGAUUAUGUGCAAGCAAGAGGAUGCUCCUGACCCUGUGAUAAACACCUGCAAUGCAUUUUACUGUGAGAACUUCAGGCCAAACAAGUCAUACAAGCCUAAGAUGUGGACUGAAGCCUGGUCGGGUUGGUUCACAGCUUUUGGAAGCCCAGUCCCAUACAGACCAGCAGAAGAUCUUGCAUUUGGUAUUGCGAGGUUCAUUCAGAAUGGUGGCUCUUAUGCCAAUUACUACAUGUACCAUGGAGGGACAAACUUUGGUAGAACAGCAGGUGGACCCUUUGUGGCCACAAGCUAUGACUAUGACGCCCCUCUUGAUGAAUAUGGUUUGACAAAUGAGCCCAAAUACUCACACCUGAAACAAAUGCAUAAAGCAAUCAAGCAAUCUGAAACUGCUCUGGUUUCUGCUGACGCCACUGUUAGAUCACUCGGUAAAAAUCAAGAGGCUCAUGUAUACAGCUCAAAGUGGGGUUGUGCCGCAUUCCUGGCAAACUAUGAUGUGAAUUACGCAGUCAAGGUCAAGUUUGGAAAUGGUCAGUAUGAUCUCCCAGCUUGGUCAAUUAGCAUACUGCCUGAUUGCAAGACUGAAGUUUACAACACUGCAAAGGUUUCAGCUCCAAGAGUGCACAGGAAGAUGACGUCUGUGGGUGGAUUUACAUGGAACUCAUACAUCGAUGAGGUUACUUCUGGUUUCGCCAGUGAUACAACCACACUGAAUGGAUUGUGGGAGCAACUUUACGUGACCAAAGAUUCUUCGGAUUACCUUUGGUACAUGACAGAUAUCAAGAUAGGAAGCAACGAGGCAUUCCUGAAGAAUGGAAAUGACCCUGUUCUCACGGUCCAAUCAGCUGGCCAUUUUGUCAAUGUUUUUGUCAAUGGUAAACUCAUAGGAAGCGCUUAUGGCAAUAAAGACGAUCCUAAGUUGACUUUCAGUCAGAGUGUGAAGCUAAACAUUGGUGUUAACAAGAUCGCGUUGCUGAGUGCUUCAGUUGGUCUUGCGAAUGUUGGCGCACACUUUGAGAACUACAACGUUGGGGUUCUUGGUCCAGUCACACUGAAGGGAUUGAAUCAGGGUACAGUUGACAUGACAAAAUGGAAAUGGUCUUACAAGGUUGGUGUGCAAGGUGAGAAAUUGCAGUUGAACACCAUCACUGGAAGUUCAUCUGUGGAAUGGUCGGAUUCAAAGAUGUUAGCUAAAAAACAGCCACUGUCAUGGUACAAGGUAAAGUAACUUCCUGAAUAACCCCCACAUGAUACUGUGUUGGAUCUUUUGCUGAGAUUUGUAUGUGAUGAAAUUUUGGCAGACAACUUUCAAUACACCGGAAGGGAACGAGCCAUUAGCGCUAGACAUGAUCAGCAUGGGGAAAGGCCAGGUAUGGAUCAAUGGGCAGAGCAUAGGACGAUACUGGCCUGCAUAUAAAGCAGAAGGCAACUGCGGCACCUGCUAUUACGGUGGUUACUUCUCUGAGAAAAAAUGUCUCUCCAAUUGUGGACAGCCUUCACAAAGAUGGUACCAUGUUCCGCGUUCAUGGCUGAAAGCAGGCGGUAACUUGAUGGUUGUGUUUGAAGAAUGGGGAGGAGAUCCGACAGGGAUUUCUAUGGUGAAGAGAGGCUGAACUGAAGAUAAGUAUGAAGCAUAAGCUGCACUCACAGUUAUGGUUAGUGGCCGAAGGCCUCAAGGAGCCAAAAUUGUGCGGUGCUGGGAUAUUGUACAGGAAAUACCUGCAUGAUUUUCUUUACACCAUAAGGUAGUUAGGAUGAUCUGCUGUGAUUGAUAUUAUAUUAGUCCUCUGAAAAGCUAUUCAUUUCAAGCAAGCAUUUAGGUUGCCUGGGUUUCAUUUCAGUCUUCUUUUGAAAUCUCUCCAAGCUUGUAAAGGGAAUUUACCCAUUCCGCUACUCCUUCAUAUGAAUAAAAAUUAAUGAAGUUAAUAAACACCAGCUUCUAUGUUCAAUUAUCUCUCCUACUGUACAUACUGAGACGGCUGCGCGAUCCAGAAAAAGAUGGUUUCCAAAAGACUUCACAAUAUGUGCUUCAAGUAGAAGAAAAUUUAGACUUGAGGACAUGUAUGGCAUUCUCCAGUUCUGCCUCAAUAAGUGCUACUUCUUGACCUUGGGUUCUCCACUUCUCCAGUCUGCUAACAAGAUCCAACAGCGUUUGAACUCCAGCAACUUCGCUGGCGUCAGGCUGGGUUAAUCUCUGCACACACUUUAUCAAGUAUCUCGCAGUUCUUGAUUUCACCUUGCAAAUAUAACUGUCUGCAAUACAUACAGUCUCAAACAGUGAUUCAGACAUCCUGUCAACAAUAUCAGUCAAGUUGAAGACGAGACUCGCCCCAGCAAUAGCAUCCUUCAUAGCGAACCCUUCAUUCCGUCGAACUGAAUGUAACAUGGUACCAGUGGCUGCAUAGUGUAAGAGAAACUCACAUCCACUUUCAUUUAUGUCACUUGAACACCAGCCAGUAAAGAUGCCUAAUGGUAUCCACCUGAAAAACAUGCUGACUUGUGGGUCAAAAUCACAUUCAUAGGCUGUAUUCUGGUACUCCUGGAGCCAAAGGCUGAUUGCUUGACAACCAUGCUGAUUCCCAAAAGUGAACCCCUCCUUGCUUAUGUCAUCGACUUUGGGUUUCUUAAGUCUCCUCUUUAACCCGAGUGUACGUGUCUCCUGCACACUGGAGACAACUUGUUUCGAAGUCCAAUGCCGUGCUAACUUGAUUAGAUUACCAGAGAGUAGAUCUUGACGAGUUUUAUCAAAAGGGUUCAAAAUCCAUGCAAGGUAUCUAACAGCUGCAUUUUCGCCUACUGUUCCUUCUAAAUAUAACACCUCUUUGAAACUUUUGUCAGCAAAUACUAGAACAGAGGCAAAAUAGAACCAACUUGGGAAGCUAAUAGCCAGGGACCUGCAGAGAUUUGUGAUCUAAAAAUGCAACUUUAGCUGCAGAUGGGUUGAUUGAUGGACCUGGCUGUUUGAAGUCAAUGAUCCAGUUAACUAUUUGCAGGAGACCUUCACUAGAGAUUGGUCCGGCUAAAGACCUAAGCCAAACAUUGUUGUAAGGAUAAUAUGCACUCGAAAAUGGAAGCUUUGAUCCCAAUUCCAUUGAUAUGCCCCACCUUGUUGGUAUGGAUAUUACGUCCAAGACUACCGAAACUAAAUCAAUCAGAAGUUGCAGUAUAGAUCUCAGGCCCGUAAGCAGGAACCAAUCAUGCAAUAAAGCUCUGGUAGCAGUGAACAUAGCAGGAGAAAGUACCAAGCAUAUAAGAAUAGAGUGCCAAUCCUUCCUUUCAUGAAGUUCCUUGGGUAAAGAAAGGAAAGGCCUAUUCAUAGUUUCUUGCAACAUCUCCGAAAUAUCACGCUUUAAGAUCAGUGGAUCAAGAAACCAGAGCAACAACCUUAGUGGUACUUUAUCCUUCACAGAAGACAAUUCUACAGGCAAGUGUGAGACUAGCUUCGAGGCAGCAAUGCUUCUUCUGGCACUCAAGUCAGCAUCCAAAACCACCAUUGAUGGGUCCAAAUAUCUACAGCUUGGUGCGGACACAGCAGCUCUAAGGAGAGCAUGUAAUAGCAAACGAGAAGGCACACCGCGCUCCUCCAAGUCUGACAGGGUAUCACCACCAACGACAUCAAUCAGAUCAAAGCAAUCACGACGAGAAAUCGAGCUCCCUACACGAAGAACAUCUUCUUUCCCUAGCCGAAAGACCUUACAGCCUACCGACGAAGACAACACGCUGGCAAUCGUCUUCACAGUAUACUCGAGAACAGAAUCGAACACCUACGGUGCCUUGAAGCACAUAAGUGACAGAGCGGUGUCCAAAACCCUAGACGUUGAAGCGCCGUCGUCGUCGUGGAGGUUGAGGGACUGAGUGAGCUUCGCAAUAGACAAGUCAAGAGAAGAACUUUGUUCACAUUCCUCAGUCGGCGGCUGGGCUUUCAGCUGCAGGGCCAACCCGGAGAUGAGUUGGGUAAUUUCUUCUAACGUCGCCAUCGCUGGUCGGAUAAUCCCGCCGGAGAGGAGAGCAGGAGUUGGCAGUG